GGGCCGGAGAGCCCUAGGCCGGCCGGGCGGCUGUGCGGCCUGCACACCGGCCUGCAGGCCCAGCUCCGGGCACUCCCAGGACAAACACUUAGCGGGCGGGGGGCGGGGGGCGGCCCCACCGGGCAGCCCCAGGGCACUCUAAAGCGAUGCUCAGUUUCCCCCAAACCAGGGGCCCAGCGGAACCCAGCCGGGGAGCCGGUGUGCAGGAGGGCGGCGUGGGCCGGGCCGGGCCGGGCGGAGGGUGGCAUGCCGCUCCCCCAGGGCCAUGGACGCCGUGGAACUCGCCAGAAAGCUGCAGGAGGAGGCCACCUGUGCCAUCUGCCUGGACUACUUCAGGGACCCGGUGAUGACCGACUGCGGCCACAACUUCUGCCGCGAGUGCAUCCGGCUGACCUGGGAGAAGGCCAGAAGCAAGAAGGGGCGGCGGAAGCGCAGGGACGCCUUCCCCUGCCCCGAGUGCCGCGAGCUGUCCCCCCCGAGGAACCUGCGGCCGAACCGCCUGCUGACCAAGGUGGCCGAGAUGGCGCGGCAGCACCCCGGCCCGCAGAGCGCCGACCUGUGCCGCGCGCACCGGGAGCCGCUCAAGCUGUACUGCGAGGACGACCGCAGCCCCAUCUGCGUGGUGUGCAGGGAGGCGCGGGAGCACCGCGCACACAGGGUGCGGCCGGUGGAGGAGGCCGCGCAGGAGUGCAAGCCGGACCCGGCCACGGCGUACCCCCACCUCCUGCUGUACGAGAGCCGCCAGCGCCGCUACCUGAGCGCCCCGCCGGACGGCGUGCCCUGCGGCCGCGACAGGUUCCUGGCCUACCCCUGCGCGGUGGGCCGCGAGGCCUUCUCCUCGGGGCGGCACUACUGGGAGGUGGGCAUGAACCUGACCGGCGAGGCCCUGUGGGCGCUGGGCGUGUGCAGGGCCGACGUCAGCCGCCGGGACCGGGUCCCCAAGCGCCCCGAGAACGGCUUCUGGGUGCUGCAGCUGUCCAAGGGGAAGCGGCAGGAGCCGCCGGCACCGGCGCCGGAGGAGCCCGGCCCGGUCACGCUGACGGAGCCCCCCAGCCACGUGGGCGUCUUCCUGGACUUCGAGGCCGGCGAGGUGUCCUUCUACAACCUGCGGGACGGCUCGCACCUGCACACCUACGCCCAGGCGGCCUUCUCGGGGCCGCUGCAGCCCUUCUUCUGCCUGGGGGCCCCCAAGUCGGGCCAGAUGGUCAUCUCCACCGUGACCCUGUGGGUGAAGGGCUGACGCGGCCGGGCUGCCUGGGCUCCGCGGCCGGCACAGCAGCCUCGAGGCGCAGAGUAAAGCGCUCCGCCAGGUGAAGCCCGAGGCC